AUGCCUCGCGAUCCGCUCAUCGCACUUGUUGGCAAGCCGUCGUCUGGCAAGAGUACCACCUUGAACAGCUUGACGGAUGCCACAUCCAAAGUAGGCAACUUCCCUUUUACUACCAUCGACCCCAACCGAGCUGUAGGAUAUCUUCAGAUCCCAUGCGCAUGCUCGCGACCAGGAGUCCCCAACGUUGGCGACAAGCCUCUUUCUGAAAGAUGUAAACCAAAUUAUGGCGUGUGUAAUAAUGGAACCCGCUCUGUACCCAUCGAGCUGCUCGACGUAGCUGGUCUGGUGCCUGGUGCGCAUGAGGGCAAGGGUCUCGGAAACCGCUUCCUGGACGAUUUGAGACAUGCCGAUGCUCUCAUUCACGUCGUCGAUGUCAGCGGAACAACCGAUGCAGAAGGCAAAGCUACAAGAGGUUAUGAUCCCAGUGUCGACAUUGAGUGGUUGCGCUCCGAGAUUGUUCGUUGGAUUCAAGGCAACCUCAUGGAAAAAUGGGGUUCCGUCAAGAGAAGACACAUCGCAAUCAAAGGAAAUGCAGUCGACACGCUACGAGGACAAUUCUCAGGUUACGGCGCCACAAAACAAGUCAUCGCUCGCACUCUCGACAAGCUACAAUUGAAAGAGCCGCUGGAAGAUUGGAGUGACGAGACAGUGGAAAAAGUGGUCAACGCCUUUGUGGAUGAAAAGUUCCCUACAGUCAUAGCACUGAACAAGGUCGACCACCCGGAUGCCGACAAGAACGUCGCAAAGAUCGCAAAACACAAUGAUCCCAACACACUUGUCCUCUGCUCUGCCAUUAGCGAGGUAUUCUUGCGUCGCUUGGCCAAACAAGGCUUUGUCAGAUACCAAGAAGGUAGCGAGUUCGUUGACACAAAAGAAGAUCUCAUCGAAGCUGGUGAGCCCGAUGGGGGUGGCUUGAAAGAGUUGGAUGAGAAAUUACAAAACCGUAUCGAAAACUUGCGCGAUCUGGUGCUCUAUCGAUUUGGCAGCACUGGUGUGAACCAAGUUCUCACGCGUGCAGCAGAGCUCCUAGGCCUCACUCCUGUCUUCCCCGUCAGGAACAUCGCGACAUUCUCAUCUGGCGACGGACGUGAGGGCGGCGUGUUCAGAGAUUGCGUCUUGAUCAAGAAAAACUCAACAGUUGGAGAUGUGUAUCGCAAGAUCAUGGGUGAUGCGCCUUUAGCUUAUGUGGAAACGGUAGGAGGACAAAGAGUCGCUGAGGAUGACCCUGUAUCUGUGGGCAAGAACGACAUCUUGUCAUUCAAGGUGGGAAGAGGUUGA